AUGACAGAACACAAGUUGCCAGUACAGCAGCUGGCAAUUCUCUCCAUUUGCCGAUUUGCUGAGCCUAUUGCGCUCACAUCAGUGUUCCCUUACCUUCCUGAGAUGAUGGAGUCCUUUGGCAUCCCGCAGAAUGAUAUCGCUCGUUGGGCAGGCAUCACCUCGACCAUCUUUUCCAUGUGCCAAGCGUCCACAGCCCUCUUAUGGGGAGCCGCUUCGGACCGUAUUGGUAGAAAACCGAUCAUAUUGUUGGGGUUGUUCAAUACCAUGUGGACGAUGCUGAUGUGGGGCUUUUCAACAAACCUGCCCAUGGCUUUGACGGCGCGGGCGUUGCAAGGCUUGGGAAACGGAAAUGUUGGCAUACUGAGGACGACGGUAGCGGAACUUUGUCCAUGGAAAGAGCUUCAGCCCCGGGCUUUCUCGAUCAUGCCGUUAGUGUAUACAGUUGGUGCUAUAUUUGGGCCGAUGCUUGGAGGAGCAAUGUCGAACCCGCUCCGGGUUAAUCCGCGGAGGCCCCGUGGAGACGCUUUUCUCGAAAAGUUUCCCUAUGUCCUCCCAAACAUUGUAGCAGCAGCUUUUUUCACGAUUGGCAUCGUGGUGGGUUGGCUGUUUCUGCAGGAAUCUCUCGAGAACAAGAAAGGUCGUCAGGAUCUAGGCUUGAGAACAGGGACCAGACUCGUCACAUCAUUUCGCAAGAUCUUCUGCAUACCAAAGACAUCAGGCUACUCUCGUUCAGAACAAGAGCCCUUACUCGGUCCUCAAAAGGCGAUGGAUUCUCUUCCAACCGGCGAAGCGACCAGCAUAGUCAAACAAGAUUCCCCAAAGGUCCGCGAUGUGCUAUCGUACCAAACCACCCUGAACCUGGUGGUGUAUACUCUACUAGCAUUGUAUUCGAUUGCGUUCGAUCAGUUGUUGCCAGUCUUCAUGCAUCAUCCUUCCCAAUCUACAAAUGAUACCAAUGUGUCCCUUCCCUUGAAAUUUUCAGGUGGUUUUGGGAUUGAUUCUAGGCGCAUUGGUGCAAUCUUUACCUUGUUCGGGGUGACGUCCACCCUAUGUCAGUUUCUGCUAUUUCCACCGCUCGCCCGCACACUAGGAGUUUUGCGUUGCCUUCGCAUUUCAUUUCAUAUAUUUCCGGUUGUCUAUUUCGUAACACCCUUUGUCAGUCUUAUUCCUGAUCAAACAACAAAAGAGGUCGUCUUGGUGGCUUUACUCAUGAUCAGAGGUGUUGCAGGAACCUUUGCGUUUCCAACAUCAACUAUCAUGCUUACCAACAGUGCGCCUAGCUUGCGUCUGCUGGGAACAAUCAACGGAGUGGCUACGUCGGUGUCAGCUAUUGGUCGUGCAAUAGGUCCGGCGGUCGGGGGUGGAUUGUUCACAUGGGGUGUCAAACGUGGAUAUGUCAUCGUGCCUUUCUGGGCCCUGUCCGCCAUCUCGCUGUUAGCGUCGAUUCCAACAUGGUGGCUGGUGGAGGGUAAGGGGUUUGGAGAUGAUGCCGACUCGGACACAGAAAGUAUUGCAUCGAGCACAGAAGAAGAGUCAGAAGCGGAAAAUGCCAGACCGAUGUCUAUCUCCAAAGGCGACGAGGCAUUGGAUUCGGAGUCUGAGUUUGGGGAGGUUGGAGAACCCAGAGUGAGUCGAACUCAUUCCAGCCCACGAUCUAGCACGGCUUGGAUGCCUGACGAUAACGAUGGCGACGAUUCUGAUGAGGAAUCGAAUGUGGGACGAAGAAGGCACCCGAAACAUGUAGAUAGUGCCCGGAGGCGUAGGACGUUAGAGAGAACAUCGUCGGUGCCGAUUGGUAUGGGCCGGGGAUUUAGGCGGUAUAGCUCGAACUUGGGGAGCACGGGAGUUGGAGGUAGCGGUACAAGUUGGGGCGGAACCUGA